AUGCUGCAGGAUGUGGACAGACACGUGCUUGGUGCCAGUGACGCCAUCCCCACCAAUGAGCGCCACGUGUGCGUGGAGGGCAAGGAGGUACCGAACAUCUCGAGUUUUGUGACAGAUAUCGUCGACAUACUGCAGUUUAUUGUGCGUGUGAGUAGCCAGAGUGUGGGCGAAACAGGUAAGCUCAGUGAGAAUAAGGCGGGUAGUGGCUUAAUGUCUCUGACGGGGAUGGGCCGCAGCCUGAGCAGCAGUGCCAGUAACCAUGACAACGGUAGCCAAGGAAACGGAACCGGCACCGGCAACGGUCACGGUCACGGUAACAGCAACAUCAACCAGUCGUUGGUAACGCAGCUGAGCCGUUUGGGUGACUCCGCACACACACAGCAAGUAGCUAUGCGCAUGGAAGAAACUUUGAAGGAGUGUGUGAGCCUGAGUAUGUGUCUGUUGAUUGGCGUGUACCAGAGUGCCUCAUGGACUGCCAUGGAGAACUCGGCUGAUGCUUUUACGCACGUGCUUGCGCGGCUGUCUAAGAGCGUUGUACCUACCAAUGCCACCAAACCAGCUACCAAUGCCACCAAACCAGCUACCAAGCCACCCACCCCAGGUGCAGGUACCAGCAUAGCUAACGAGUUGGACACACACCCGUACAUGGCCGGGAAUGGGACGGGGGUAGGCAGCGGGGGUAGUAGUGUGUUGGGGCACCUGCUGGUGACUACCGCGUCUAUUGACCUGCGCAACGAGGCGGCUGUGGGCCUGCGGAUGCUGAGCAAGGCGCUGACGCUGGAGGAUAAGGAGCAUCUGUUGGGGGCCUUUGCUUCUCUGUUACGAGUUGUGCCCAAAGAAUCGACGCAAUGCCAAGACCUGUUCGAUCUGGUAUCGGCUGUGGUACAGUCACUGCCCUCCACACAGCCUACAAGUCACGAUUCGGCGAUAGUGGUGUUGAUGAAUGUGCUGAUGGACAGACUGCUGACUCACCCGCCAAUGGAAACACACCGUACAGGAGAACCCGAUGUUUUCUUGGGCUGCUUGCUCCGGUUGCUAGGCAACGUCGCGUCCAAAGGCGGCAUACCUACCGACACACCCAGCCACACAGGCACAGUCGCCCAAGUACCAAAAGGCAAUGCACCCACCCGGUAUAUCCUAGACGAGCUAGUACAGUUUGUGACCAAGAAGUGUCUGUUCGACAUGCCUACGCUCACUAACCAUGGGCCCCGCUCGCCUCCUCUGUGCAAGACGGCCGAGAGCCGAACCAUCGCGCGGGAGUUGCUGGAUACGCUGGGGCGAAGUACGAUGUUCGGUACUAGAGUGCGGCACCUGCUGUGUGGGCUGCUGAUGGACACGCACUGUGGCGGCAAGGAGAGCGGGGGCUCUGAGCUGACGGUGCUCUCCCGCAUGCACACGGACGAGAGUGUGGUGGCUGCUACCAGUGCCUCUGGGCGUGCUAGUACUAGGGCUGAUACCACUGCCAGUGCUACAGCCACACGCACCCCGUCUCAUACCAGCACCAGCAAGGACGCCAGCCUGGUGGUGGCUUGUGGGUGUGAGGGGGUGUGUGUCAACGAUGUGUGUGACGUCGCCUGUGGCGAGGGCCUGUGCGGGGCUGACCCAGAGCUCAGCGGAGGCGUGACACGCAUACAGGAGAGGAGCGCUAGCGGAUAUGUGGGCUUGGAGAAUCUGGGAGCCACGUGCUAUAUGAACAGUCUGAUGCAGAACUUGUUCAUGGUGCCGCAGUUCCGCCGGGGAGUAUUGGCCACUCGGACCAAACCUUGGACUACAACACCCCCUACACCGCAUGCGUUGGUACUGCACCAACUCCAGAUGAUCUUUGCUCAUCUCCAGGAGAGUCUGCUGAAGUGCUACAGUGCGCAAGGGUUCUGUUCAGUGUACGAGAGUGAAGGUGCGUGUGUGGACGUGAAUCUUCAGAUGGACGUGGAUGAAUUCUUCAAUGUCCUGUUCGACCGAUUAGAAGCGCUGUUGAAGGGCUCGCCCCAGCAAUCACUCCUCAAGGAUACGUUCGGGGGGAAGCUACUGCAGCAGGUCAUCUCGAAGGACUGUGAGCAUGUGAGUGAGCGUGAACAGGACCUGUUCUCUAUUCAGUGCGAUGUAGUGAACAAGCAGAACAUCCGCGAGAGUCUGGCCAUGUACGUCAAAGGCGAGAUGCUCGAGGGCGACAACAAGUACUACUGUGAGAAGUGCGAUCUGAAGGUGGCCGCAGAGAAGCGAGUGUCAGUGCAGAGCCUGCCUAACCACCUCAUCUUUCAUCUCAAACGCUUUGAGUUUGAUAUGGAACUCAUGCGGCGAGUCAAGGUCAACGACCGCUACGAAUUCCCGCCCGUUCUGGACAUGUUUCCGUUCACGUUGGAGGGUCUCAUGGCUGCAGAACGAGCGGAAAAGGGCGAACCACCUCUGCCCAGAGAGCACCCAGACGACCACUACAUCUACGACUUAGGCGGCAUUCUCGUGCACAAGGGAAGUGCAGAUAGCGGACAUUAUUAUUCGAUCAUCAGUGACUGGGAAGUGGAGAAGACCAACAGCGGAGAAGCCACCUCACACCACAACUCAGCGGGCGAUAACAGUUUCGGUGGUCGGUGGAUGUUGUUUGACGAUUCCAAUGUGCGAGACUUCAAUGCGAAGGUCAGUACAGGGCAUCCCACGGGUGGCUGUAUAGGUGACCCCAGGAGUGGUUGUGCAGGUCACCCCACGGGUGGCUGUGUAGGUGACCCAGGAGUGGUUGUGCAGGUCACCCCAGGGUCGGUUGUGAGGGAUUGUAUCCCGAUUCAGAAGGAUAUGAUUGUAGCAUAG